UGUUAUGUUGAUGUAGUUGUCACCUUUUUCUGCAUUUGCAACAAAUUUUGUUGUGUUGUCAACGAUUUAUAGUCCUCUUGUUGUGUUUAUCAUAACACAAAUAUAGUUCAUAAUCAAGAUGUUUUGCUUCAUAGAUUAAUUUUGCAAUCAGCUAUUCGUAACUGAAGUUGUUAGUAAGAUAUUAUAGUGUUGGCUAAAAUAUUUUAUCUCAUUCCUAGUUAUGGCCGGUUAUCUCAAUUUAAUCAGUAUUUUUACAUUAGUACUAAGCUACAUUUUGUCUUGUGAAUCAUUUGCAUACCCUGACCAAGGAAAGUGGGACUUUCGUUUAGAUGGGCAAAAUGACCAAGUUGCAGUGGUUAAGAGCCUUUUUAAAGAAUCAGAAAUUCGUAUCCAAAUAACAUGUGACUCCAAGGACGACCAGUCUAAGUUGACAGUUAGUUGGUCUUUGGGAGAAGUAGCCUGUUGGAGAGACUACCUUCAUAUUAAUGAGGCACUUAGCAGGAGUGUCCCACCCAAUGAUCUACAAAGAGCUUUAGACAAUGCUUCGUUCUACACAGUCAAAUCUCCCCCAGAAGAACACGACUGUGAUCACAAUAUACAGCUGAAAGAACUGACAAUUGCUGAGGAUGCUUACACGGAUAUACAAUCGGAGGCAGCAGGUGUGCAUGGUAUGCCUGUGGAUCCUAAGGAUCAAGGCUCCAGACUUAGGAGACAAAUUGAACAAGAAAGUUCACAGGUGAAAUCAUCGCAGCAGGAAAACAAACUUGAUCAUCAAAGCCAAAGUCCGGAGCUGCACGAGCAGAGACAAGUGUUAAAGCAGAUUCACACGAAGCCGUCCUCAAGACCAGUAAUGAAAGUUACCAAAGAUGGUUUCUACAUGUUGUCUCUACAGCUGACCAGCAACUCUCCGUUCUCAGCCGAUGUUCACAUUGAGAUGAAGGGUAAACAAGGCUACCUCUCAGCCGCAGACUGGCCACUGCUACCGUUUUACGGGGCCAUGUGCCUGGUGUAUGUGGUGCUAGGUCUUGCCUGGUUGAUAGUCUCGUUUCUACAGUGGCGAGAUCUGCUGCGUAUUCAGUUCUGGAUCGGAGGCGUCAUACUUCUAGGCAUGUUGGAGAAGGCAAUGUUCUACGCUGAGUACCAAAGUAUCAACACCACGGGGCAGUCAGCACAAACGGCCGUGUUGUUGGCAGAGUUUGUCAGCUGUGGCAAGAGAACACUGGCCAGGAUGUUGGUCAUCAUUGUCAGUCUCGGCUUCGGCAUUGUCAAGCCCCGGCUGGGACCCAUGCUGCACCGCACAGUGGCCACAGGCAUCUUGUACUUCCUACUGGCUGCGUCAGAGGCAUACCUGCGCGUGAUGCGGCCCAAGAGUGACCCGGCCAAUCAGAUGUUGAUGGCCAGCGUGCCCUUGGCUGUGCUGGACUCUGCCAUCUGUUGGUGGAUCUUCACUAGUCUGGUGCAGACGACGAGAACAUUGAGGCUGCGGAGGAACAUGGUGAAACUCAACCUGUACAGGCACUUCACUAACACUCUGAUCUUCGCAGUAAUAUCAUCAGUAGUCUUUAUGCUGUACUCUAUCAAGGCUCAUUACCUCGUAAACUGUUUUACAGCUUGGAAAGAGCUUUGGAUUGAUGAUGCGUAUUGGAAACUUCUGUUCUCUGUGAUUCUUCUAGUUAUCAUGAUUCUAUGGAGGCCGACCAACAACAAUCAAAGAUAUGCAUUUACGCCUCUCCUAGAUGCUCCAGAAGACGGGGACGAUGAAGAAGAAGAAUAUUUUGUCAGUGAUGCUUAUGGGGUCAAAAUGAGAGGGGGCCUCAAUUCGGGGACGAGUUCUCCAAAGCAGAAAUUGUCGAUGAAUUCAGCGGAGGAGGAUUUGAAAUGGGUGGAGGAAAACAUCCCAACGUCCUUAGCAGACAGUGCUUUACCCAUUUUGGAUUCCGACGAGGAAAUAAUGAACACAAAGUUCGAACUGUCGAAGAUGCAGUAACCCUGGUGGAGUUCUGCGAUCGUGAUGUGUAAAGUAGUAUUAGUUAAUCCUAUUUAUUUGUAGAAUCCCACUGAAUUAAGCCACCUAUUUGGCUUACACAUGUUUAUUUUAGGGAAUCGUCAAUGUAUAAACAUUUGUCUACUUGCUUUGUGAAAAAGAUUGUGUUGUAAGAACUACAACGCUGUGAUCAUGGACUUAAACUGAAUGACGCAAUAUGAAUUUUUAUUUAAAAGUUAUUUUUGUGUGUGGGUUGUCUCAAAUAACUUGUAUACAGGUUUAAAUUUAAUUUACUUUAAGGGAAAUAUUUAAUAGUUUUUGGAAGAAUACUGUCCAAUGUGGUUACUUUGACUAUCCUAUAAUGUUGACGAACAAGUACUCAUUAUUAAUAUUUUAAUCGUUCGCAGAUUGUUGUAAAAGCUUGACUUAAUAAUUUAAUAACAUAGGAUUUCUAUAAAAUGAAGUUAGAAGGACUGUCCAAAAAUGCCUAAGCAAACAAUUAAAACCUUUUUUAUUUUGAGGUAAAAUGGUCUUUUACUACACUACACUUCUUGAGGUACACUACAAAUCUGUGUACAAACGUACCUUAAUAUGAUACCACCUAACAAAUUUCUGGAAUUAUUUUGAUCAUAAGUUUGGUUAAAUGUACACACUUUCCAAAUUUCACUCGACAUAAAAAUGUAUUUUUUUAAAUUUGUUUUUUUUAUAUUUUGUAUUUUCUUGUUUUGUUACCUAAAUAUGUUUUAAGAUAUGUUGAAAUUUGAAAUAGGCUAAAUGCAUUGUAGACCCAUUAAAGUAAUAUGGGUUAAAAUGCAAAGCAUCACUAUUUCUUUGUUUUAUUUGUUGAUAUAAAAUUUACAAGAUUUAAAAUCCUAGAUCUUCCUAAGUAUUCUACCUGAUAAAAAAAUGAAACUGUUCCAAUAAUCUGCUAAAAAGGUUUUUUAUUUAUUUCUUUGAUUUCCUUUCCUGGUAUGUUUUGCAAUUCGCUUUUAGUUUAUUCUCCAAAGUCCACUAGACUAAUAAUAUUUAUAUAAUAAUUUUUUUAUGUAAUAUAAAAAAAAACUUGUAUAAAAAUAUUGUGAUAAAAUAAAAAUUUGCUUGAAAUUUAAAGUAACAAUUUAGUGGAUUACAAUUCUCUACCAUGUGGUUUCAAAAUAAUAUUAAACAUAGGAUAUAAAUAAUCUGUAUAAUACGUUUUGACUUGUUAGUCUGUUCUAUAAAAACUAAAGUUAAAAUAACAUAAUGAAAAACAUAAAAUAAAUUGUGCGUUAUUGUUUAAUGUACUAAUUUAAUGUAAUAAUACAUUUUCACUUUUUGCUUAGGUAAUUGUUUAUUUAGUGACUAGCAGAGUACCCGUCCUUCGUACGGGGUUGGCAUGUAAGUAUAAAGUGACAUUAGCGUAUGGUUUGACAGCUCCAUUUAAAUAAUGUUAAAUAAUGUUUUCAUUCAGGAUAGUGACAUCAUUAUUUUAAAUAUGAUCCUUACCCUCUCUGUUCUAAUAUUCAUGCAGUAUUUAAAUGAAUGUUUGAACCAGCUGUAUGGAAUUGUGAAAUCAAAAUCAAUUUGACAGUUAGUACUGCUUGUUUACAUUUUAAACUUUGUAGGUUUGUUCUUUGUUGUCAUGGAUACCAUCAAUCAAAAUUUACUUUAAAAUCUCUCACCUCCGAUUUUUGAAAGCCCACGGGGCAGAGCCCUAGGACAAUAUCGAAGCGGGAAUAGUUCUAUAUGUAUCCUCGGAGCUGUAGCUUCAUUUGUGUGCAAUUUGAGCCCAAUAGGUUCAGUAGUUUUUGAGAUUACCUCAUACAAACACACACACAGACACCACCUCUUCUUUAUAAUAGUAUAGAUUAAUUAGUUGGCUAUGCAAGUGAAGUGUGAUGCCAAAAUGAUGAAAAACAGGGAUUUGCUUAAAAUACCUCGUUAGCCUAAUAUCCAAGUAUUAAGUGCAAUUUAUAUUCCCGUCUUUUUAAAUAUAGCAAAAAGUAGAUUUUACAAUACUGCUAUUGCAUGAGCUGCUAGAUGAAAAAUUUUACUGUAGUUAAACAGUUUAGGCCUUUUUGAAUUUCAUGUAGAGCUUUAUACAUGUAUAUUUAAACCCUACACUAAUAAGUUUUCCAAUGUUUUUUUUUUAAUCUAUCAUCAGCUUUUAUUAGUAACACCUCAAAGAAGUAAUAAGUACAGUGGGAAAAUAGUGAAAAUACAGGUGUUUGUCAUUGAUGUUCACAUUCUCGACAUUUUUUCCUUCUAAACACUUGUCUCUUUGCCACUAUUUUCUCUUUUUACGUGGUAUGUAGGCAUAUGCCUGAUUAUAUUGAUUUUCAUAGUAAGUUUCACUCAAGUUUGAUUAAUUGUGCAGCUUCUAGGAUUGUCAGAAACGCCAAAAUGGGGUUAUACGAUAAACUACAGAAUGUCUAUAGGCUCUGCCUGAGGCAGGUACCCCUUCACCAUGGUUGCAAGAGUGCUUCAUCUAACCUUGAAAAGUUCUGUCUAGUCAAACAGUAGAUGCAGUCUCCUGUGACUGUUUAUUCUCUACAUGUCUCCAUUAGGAAUUCUUAAGCAAUGCAGGUGUUUCUUACGAUAUCCGUAACAUGCUGCGACACCUGUAAUAUUCUUAUUUGCCUUAUGUAGCUAGUCGCAGAGAGUUUAAAGCAACUUCCUGAGAUAGGAGGAAAAGAAUGAACCUUUAAGCUUUAACUUUGGGGCCGAGGCCGCACCCAUUGUGUCUUUUUAAAGAGGUUGAUAGUUUGUUUGAAUUAAACCUUGCAUUUCUCGUCCACAAGGAUUCAUAGACAUGUAUAAUGAAAGCUGGUACAGUAGAACAAUCAACCAAUAAAUUUUAAGUGCCAGGACCAACAUGUGAUUUAGGACAUCGCUGCUUUGUUCUUGCUUCUGACCGAGCCCAUUACAUUACUGAACAUGUAUAUUCGAGAUUACACAGAAAGGCUGUGGGACUGUAAUGGAUGAAACUGAGGCUGCAUUUGACAUUGUAUCACUUAAUUUCCUUCAGUAGGAAUCCAGCAGAGUAAAUCACUAAAGCCCAGGCUCGCUUUUUUUCAACACACACCUUGAUCAGUGAUCUCAGCAACACCAUUGAAUGUGAUCAAAUGAGGAAAUAGAAACUACUCAAAAGUGUGUAUGCACAAUGUUCGAUAAGCAAAUCAGCCCAAAUUAUGUGUUUCACAACUUACUUUUUCACCUACAGAUAUCUUCUGUACUUAUUCCUUCUUUGUAUUUAAACUAAAUAAUUUAUUCUCUCCUAACAUUCUCAAAGCUUUUAAAUAGGAUUUUUGUAAAUAAGUAGUCUUCUUGUUAAUUUUUUUUCUUGCCUAUUCCAAGAGUAGUGUACAUAAGGAGUUUCUAUUGCAAGUUAGAAUGAGUACUUAAGCUUAUUUAAAGGUAUACUAACAUAUUUGUAAUGUUUAAAGCAUUUGUGUAGAAACACUGUUUCAUGAUUAACUUAGUUUAAUUAUUCCAAGUGGUAAAAUUCAGUUAGUUUAAAUCUUCCAUUGUAGGUUUACAUGUAAUCAACCAUAUACAUACUACAUUUAUGGACUAUUGUAUGUGGCAUGUAGGAGGCAUUCAUUUAUGGACUAUACAUUGUAAAUGUAGUUAAUCUAGUCACUUGGAACUGUAUGUAGUUAUAGUUUCACUGGGUGCCUUUUAAGUAUGUUUAGUAAUUUCCAAUCUGUAAACAACAAUUUCACUUAAUAAUUCCCUUAUGUCACCAAUUAUUCAAAAACAACCAUAACAAGUUACGUAGGAUAGAUAGUAGGUUGAAGUAACUUUGCAUGGGUUUUAUACAUAUAAAACCCUAAUUUAUUUUGGUUUGUAUGAAGCUUUUUUUAGAUUUUUUAAAUAGUAGGUUUUGUUACUGUAAAACUUAUUUUGUCCCUAAUGCUUAUUUUGUUUUGUUCUCAAGAAAUGUUUCUAAUGUUGGAAAUCAAUCCUGUCAGACUACUGAAUCAAGUUAGUAUUUUAUAUAUAUAAUCAAAGAACAGAUAAGAAAUCUUCAUGUAUUAAUUGACAUGGGAAUCAAGGAGUUUGCAACAGCGUUGCUUAAAUAUGAAUCAUCAUUACCAUAAUCUUGACCAUAUCAUAAUAGGUGCUCGUAUCUAAAUAUAUGCGUAUGGUUUAGAUAAGUAAAUGUAUUUACUUUUGUUGUGUUUUUGUUUGUGAUUGGACAUUAAAAGUAUAAAUAUAAAGUUGAAAUCCAAAAAAGCACAAAUAUGUAUUUAAUGUUCAUGUUUGUGUGCUUUAGAAGUUUAGGUAUGUUCAUAUAUUUUUGUACAUAGUAAAUUAAUUUUAAUUUCCUUUGUCUUUAAUAAAAUUA